AAAACAUUGGCCAGGAUGGAAUCACAAUAUUUUCUUUAGAACGAGGAGGAAGAUGCCGAGCUGGACACGGGAUAUUCAAGACUGGAUCAAGUUCAUUAUUUGGACGUGAGCAUGUGUGGAGAGUGCGCAGGCUUUUUCGUGAGGACGAGUUUCUUUAUUUACAGUGCAGUCAAGUCAAAUGAUAAAGGCACUUCUAGUGAAGGAAGGGCUGUAAAGAGUGAGCAAACGAUGAUGACUAGAAAACUGACAGCAUACUUAUGUGCUGGAAAUUAGCCAGGGUCACUCAGGUGAUAAAAGCAUUCUGUCUUAUUCAGCUUUGUCCAAGACAGGGACAAUGUCCUGUGUCUUAGUCUGAGCAGAGAGAGAUGAGGAGAUAACAAAUCAUCAGACAUCCUUUAAGCACACAGAGGGCAGGAAAGCAUCCAGAUGUGAGUUGUUUUGAGUCGUUUUGGUGGUGGUUUUUAGUUGUAAACCGAAGGACCCGAACCCUCCUGGUCCCUGUUAGUGGAAAAAGAAAAACAUCUCUGGACUUCAGCAGAAUGGAUUACUCAGACACUCCUGAAACCCAGCGGCGAAAGGCCAAGUUGAUGUUUGGCCUGAAAGGAAAGAAGAAGAAGAAGAAGGAAGUCAACACAGACCUGGUCCUAGCAAACAAGGGAGCUGUGGACAGUGGGGCGGAGGUGCCUUCUGAAGCGUCUCCCAUGGUGGAGGUAAUAAACACUGAGGACCAACCAGGAAGCUCUGCAGUCAGAACCAGAAUAAUACCAAACAAUAAGAGGGCCAAACUGAGAACUUGCAUCCAGAUGAGUGAAGAGAAGCCUCAGCACUUCCAGAUUUCCAUUAACAUCACAGAGGCCAGGCAGCUGGUGGGAGAAAACAUCGACCCCAGUGUGGUGAUCGAGAUCGGUGAUGAGAAGAAACAGACUUCAGUCAAAGAAGGAACCAACGCUCCCUUUUACAAUGAGUAUUUCGUGUUUGACUUCUUUGCCCACAAAGAGGUCUUCUUCGAUAAAGUCAUCAGGCUGACGGUGAUACACUCUAAAAUGCUGAGGAGUUUCUGUGUUGGAGCCUUCAAGCUGGAUGUGUGGACAGUAUACAGACAGCCAGGUCACCAAUUCAUCAAUAAGUGGGCAAUGCUGACCAAUCCUGGUGACAUUAGCACUGGAGUCAAAGGUUAUGUCAAGUGUGACAUCAGCGUCUCAGCGAAGGGAGACACCAUAAAGCCAGGACCAAAAGCGAGUGAUGCUGAGGAAAAGAUAGACAAGAACCUGCUGAUACCAGAAGGUUUUCCCUCGGAGCGACCCUGGGCUCGUUUCUAUGUGAAGGUGUAUCGAGCCGAAGGCCUUCCACGGAACAACUCCAGCAUCAUGGCCAACGUCACCAAGGCCUUCAUAGGAGACAACACAGCACUCAUCGACCCAUAUGUAGUGGUGGGCUUCUUCAAACAAGUGGGUCGCACAUCUACACAGAAGUCCACAGCAGACCCGGUGUGGAAUGAGCAGAUCGUCUUCACAGAGAUGUUUCCCCCUCUGUGUCAGAGACUGAAGAUUCAGGUCUGGGAUGAGGGAAGCAUGAGCGACGUUGCCAUAGGAACCCAUUACUUUGACUUGAGACGCAUCUCCAAUGAACAGGAUGGCGACAGAGGGUUUUUACCAACUUUUGGACCUGCUUGGAUUAACCUGUACGGCUCUGCCCGAAACUAUUCUAUAGGUGAUGACACAGUGGAGCUUAAUGAGGGCAUCGGAGAGGGCGUGUCCUACAGGGGUCGGGUCUACAUGGAGCUCACAGUGGAGAUCCUAUCAGGAGGGACUGGUUCGGAGUCCAAACUCAGCAGAAUGGUCAAGCCAUUGAAGGACACUAAAGCAGGGAAAGUAGGAGGGAAGGAUGGUAAGACUCCUGCAGGAGGAGGAGCGGUAGGAGCAGCAGGAGGAGCUGCUGAUGAUGACAAAGGAAAAGCUUUGGCUCCAGAGGUCCUGCCUGUGGAAUCUCCUCCUGUCCUGGAUUCAGACAACAUUGAGAGCUUUCUGCUGUUCGGGGCGUUGUUCGAAGCCACCAUGAUUGACAGGAAGAUUGGAGACAGGCCCAUCAGCAUCGAGUUCUCCCUCGGUAACUACGGUAACGUGUUGGAGUCUGCAGGCCAGCCCAGCGCCCCUGCUCCCAGUCCUGCUGUCAGUCGGAGGAGAAGAGGGCUGGACGUCCCAGAUAGCAGUGACUUGUUUGGCUCCUCUCCUCUCAGCUCCCCCAUUUCCAACCCAUCCUCCCCUCUCCUACCCAAGGAACCUCAGGACUUCCCUAUGACCUCUAAGUCAACCACGCCUCCACAAAGGCCGCUCAUCGUCGACGGAAACAAGCACUACAUGCAUCUUCCCCUGGAGAAGCAGAAGCCGUGUAUUAAUGUGCUGAGUCACUGGGAGAACCGAACCUACCGACUCUACAACUCUAAUAUGCUGGAGAAUAUAGCUGUUCUGUUUGAGGAGGGUUUGGAAUUUGCAGCCGAGCUAAACAGGAAUUCAGAUCCAGGGGCGGAGCAUAUGCUCAAAACCAUCCUCAGAGAGUUCUGUAUGGACGCCAGGAGUUUCAUUGCAACAUCGGAGGCCAAGUUGAAGGGAGAGCUAAAGUCGAGCUACCUGACACAGCUGGAUAGGAAACGCCUCACCAUGUGUAAAGAGGAACUGGAGAGUAUGAUAGAAGAGGCCAAGUCCUUGGUUGAGAGGAAGAGAAACACUGGUGGUGUGAAAGAAUUGCUGCUGGAUGCAACAAAACUCACACACAAACUACGCUUCCUUGUGGAGGAGCCCCAGCACACAGUGCCCGAUGUAUUUGUGUGGUUGCUAAGCAACAACAAGCGUGUUGCUUACUCUCGGGUGCGUGCCAGAGACCUGCUGUACUCCAGCAGCCGGGAGGCCCGAGGAAUCCACUGUGGCAAGAUAGUAACACUGUUUCUAAAGCCUCCAGGAAAGCGUGUUACAGGCUUGUCAGUCCAAGCAAAGCUGGAUGUGUAUCUGUGGUAUGGACCCUGUUCAGAGUCUAUCCACAUGCUGGACGAUCUGCCUGCAGGGUUCAUUUCGGCCACCGGGGGCGCUGACGCCAGCUGCCCUCCAACAAGCCUGCUGUGCACAGAGCAGUAUCAAUUCCAGUUGAGGUGCCACAUGUAUCAGGCUCGUGGUCUCAUCGCUGCAGACACCUCCGGCCUGUCAGACCCUUUUGCUCGAGUCACCUUUCUGUCACACAGCCAGACCACCAAUAUAAUCAGUCAGACUCUCAGUCCGACAUGGAAUCAGUGUUUGCCGAUGAGCCCCCUGCUGCUGAGUGGAGAUCUGCAGCACAUCCAGCAGGAGCCGCCACGCAUUGUCAUCGAGGUGUACGACGACGACGCGCUGAGUAAGGCGGAUUAUCUGGGAGCCACGGUGACGGUGCCUGAGGUGCGAUUGUCCUCUGACCCCUACACACCUCCAACUCUGCAGUACAGUCCCCUGCACUGCGGCAGCCAGACAGGAGGAGACCUGCUGGCUGCUUUUGAACUGCUGCAGAUCCAAGAGUUUGGAGAGCCGAGUCUGCCGCCGUUAGAGGAACAGGAAGGAGGCAUCUUCACGGUUCCUGCCAACAUCAGACCUGUUCUCAGCACCUACAGGCUGGAGGUGUUUUUCUGGGGUCUGAGGGAGCUGAAGAAGGUUCAGUUGCUGUCUGUUGAUCGCCCACAGGUCUUCAUAGAGUGUGCAGGUAAAACAUUGCGUUCCUCCGUCAUUCAGAAGUACAAGUCCAACCCAAACUUCACCACGCUGGUUGAUUUCAUUGAGCUGGAAUUACCAGAGAACGAACACCUCCACCCUCCUCUCAGCCUCACUGUUGUCGAUUGGCGCGCGUUUGGUCGCAGCACGUUGGUAGGAAACCACAUUAUCAACAACCUCAAGGCCUUCAAAUACAUCCCACCCCCAGCCCUGCCUGCUCUUUUACAGAAACACAAACCACCCAAAGUCACAUACACCCUCGGACCUGCCCUGACACCAGAUCCACAAAGCACUGAGGGAUCAUCCCAGCACGCUGGAGAGACCAGUUCAGCUGCAGCACUAACAAAUCAAGACUUCAUGAUCACUGUGGAGGAUGAAGCCCCACCUACACCUCCAGACCCACCCAAACCUAAGGAAGAAACCAGGAAGAAAAGGGACAGCACGAAAAUGAGCACUCGUGGUCGUUCCACCAAGCGGAGGAGGCGGACCAUCGCUGACGAAUCAGCAGAGAGUGUCAUCGACUGGUGGUCCAAAUACUACGCGUCUGUAGAGAAACAGGCCCAACAGGACAGCUCUCCUUUCCCCCAGAUCUUUGAGAGAGCUUUGCCGUACCAGAGCUUGCUCAGCGAUGGAAUAGACUCCUUGGUCAGCAGCUUCUCCGAAGGGGACAAGAAGAAGAAACAGAAAGAAAAAGGAACACUGGAGCCAAGCAUUGGUCUGCCUACUAAAUUAGCCACACUCAAGCUGUACAACAAGGAGCUGGAGGCAGAGUUUGGCCCUUUUGAUGAUUGGGUGAACACAUAUGAGCUGUUCAGAGGGAAAGCCAAUGAGGAAGAGGGCGCGACUGAGGAGAGAUUCGUUGGCAAAUUUAAGGGGCGAUUCUGCCUGUAUAAGCUGACUGAGGAUGAGGAUAGGGACAAAGACGCGGACACCGGGGACUUCAGAGUCAACAGAGGAAUCCCUCCCAACGGACCGGUCCAAGUCCUCAUACGGGUUUACAUCGUCUCUGCGUCUAACCUGCACCCAGCUGAUCCGGAUGGGAAGUCGGACCCUUACAUUGUUAUUCGACUUGGCAAAAACGAAAUCAAAGACAGAGACAACUACAUCCCUAAACAGCUGAAUCCUGUGUUUGGAAGAUCUUUUGAGAUGCAGGCAACAUUUCCUCACGAGUCUCUGCUGUCAGUGGUGAUCUAUGACUAUGACAUGGUGGGAGGGGACGACCUGAUAGGAGAGACUCACAUCGACCUGGAGAACCGAUUCUACAGCCGACACAGAGCCACCUGUGGCCUCCCUACUGAGUACAGUCUUGACGGUUAUAACGCCUGGAGAGACUGUCUGAAGCCGACGGAGCUGCUGACUAAGCUGUGCAGAGAGAACGGUCUGGACGACCCUCAAUGCAAACCUGGACGCAUCACUGUGGCUGGCAAAGUUUUCAUCGGCAAGACGCUCUUCAUGGAUGAAGACCAGCCACUGGAGUCCUAUGAGCACUUGGCUCUGAAGAUCCUGCACCGCUGGGCGGAGAUUCCAGCCGUGGGAUGCAAGCUGGUACCAGAACACAUCGAGACCAGAACUCUGUUCAACAAGGCUCGGCCCGGCAUGGACCAGGGUCAGGUCCAGAUGUGGGUAGAUAUGUUUCCCAUGGACUUACCUCAUCCCGGACGUUCAGUGGACAUUUCACCUCGAACACCAAAAGGGUACGAGCUGCGUGUCAUCAUCUGGAACACAGAGGAUGUGAUUCUGGAGGACAGCAACUUCCUGACCGGUCAACAGUCCAGUGAUAUCUACAUCAAGGGCUGGUUGAAAGGUUUGGAGGAUGACCGACAGGAGACAGACGUCCACUACAACUCUCUGACUGGGGAAGGAAACUUCAACUGGCGCUUUGUGUUCCCCUUCAGCUACCUGCCUGCUGAGAAGGUACUAGUGGUGAGGAAGAGACAGCACAUUUUCUCCCUGGAUAAAACAGAGCAGAAGCUUCCUGCCAUCCUUAGUCUGCAGGUCUGGGACUUUGAGACGCUCUCCUCUGACGACUUCCUAGGCACCGUGGAGUUAGACCUCCAUGGUUUCCCUCGAGGGGCAAAGACAGCAAAGUCAUGUAAGGUGGACAUGUUGACGGACGGGACAGAGAAAAUCUCCAUCUUUCAGCAGAAGAGAGCAAGAGGCUGGUGGCCCUUCUGCAAGUCUGGAGAGCUGACGGGGAAAGUGGAGGCGGAGUUCCAUCUUGUGACAGCUGAGGAGGGUGAGAAGAAUCCUGUUGGCAGAGCCCGCAAAGAGCCGGAGCCGCUGCCAAAACCAAAUCGUCCAGACACCUCCUUCUCGUGGUUUGUCAAUCCAUUCAAGUGUUUCUUCCACUUGGUGUGGCGAAGCUACAAGAAGUACAUCAUCAUCGCCCUGGUCCUGCUCAUCACAGUACUGUUCCUCGCCCUGUUGUUCUACACACUGCCAGGAGCCAUUUCUCAGAAGAUAAUUAAUGGAUAACACACAAAAAAAACAGACUGACUGUGUUCACGCUGUAGUUCUAAACAUAUACUCAAAAUUAUGGAUGGCUUUUAGAUGAUGCAAUUCCCCUUACGUGCCUGACAACAACACUCCCCAGCUUUUUACAUUACCUAUUUUUAAGAUUUAUGUCUUUACAUCAAUAGGAACAAAUGGGUUUGGGGCUGAGAGCCAUAGACACAUUUUAGUGUAGUAUUGAGAGACAAAUGCAUUAGCACAACAGUCUUGGUCUUUUCUAAAGGAAAUGUUAACAAUAACAAAAAUCUAGAAUAUCACAAGCCUUGAAGCAUAGGUUCAGUUUUUUUUUUUUUAAGUCUAUCUAAAUGCAAUACACAGAACGAGGACUGUGGAAUUCAUCCCCAUCUCUUACAGUUUAGUCAUGCUACGGGAGAAGGGCUUUACAGCCAGUAUGAAGAGGAACGAUAAUUACAACAACCAAUAACUCUUACAACGUACUGCAGUGUUGUCUGAAGAUAGACUUUAAAAAACAUCUGAACCUGUACUUUUAGCUUAUCUACAUAUUAUAUGUUAAGGAAGAGUCCAGCUUAGUGAAAAUAAAAAAGUACGACACAGUGCUUAUUUU